AUGAGCUCCCAAGGAGCAGGUAUAGCCGCCCCCCGAGGCGGCGGUAACAGGUCAACAGAGAUGUUCAGCCAGGACUACCAAAUUGUUUUGCCGACUUUGCCCUCAGGUACGACUGUGAAGGACACUGUCUUUUUACACGCCGAUUUGAAAGCCAGGCCGUAUAGGGUCGAACAUUUUAGAGAUGCACUCGAGCAACUUUCGCUACUGCCGGAAGUGGUCGCACUAGGUGCUUAUCAAAUGAAUCAUGUCUGGGCGGUGACGUUCUGUGACAGCGAAGCAAAGAAAAAGAUGCUGGCAGCUGGAAACUUCACUGUGAAAGACCGACGCUGCGUUAUAGUCGAUCUGUGCGACCAGGCGCUAAGGAUAAAGCUGUACUGGCUUUUGCAUGGCGUUCCCGAUGAAGACGUGCGCACUGCAUUGGCUCCAUUCGGCAAAGUCCUGGAAGUCACCAGAGAUAAGUGGCGUGUUCAAGGCUGUAACGAGAAGAAUACUACAACGAGGUCAGUGACCUUACAACUGAAGGUGGGCGUGAGUACGGAUGACUUGCCGCAUCAACUGCGAGUUGCGGAAGACCUGGCGCUUGUCUCUGUUCCGGGCAGAGCACCGCUCUGCCUCCGGUGCCACGGCAUCGGACACAUGCGACGAGACUGUCGUGUCCCACGCUGUGGCCAUUGUCGCCGCUAUGGCCACGAUGAGACCAUGUGCGUGCGAUCUUAUGCAUCAGUAGCAGGCCCACCGCGAAGUUAUGAUACGUCAGAACAUAUUAUGGACCUGAAUGACGCCAAGGAAGCUACACGGGAAGAUGAGCAUGAAGACUCCGCUGUGACAACUGUUGAGACAAAGCCACCCGGAAAGAAAGAUACGAACACGAAGGACACCAACGACGACGAUGGCCCCGUAGCCGCGUCAACUAACACAGACAAAUGCCCGCUAGUCAACAUGAAGUUGCUAAUACGACUAUGCCUUCAAAAGAUAUAA